GUCAGAGCAUGAGCCAAUCGUGUCUACAGCUGGUGGGCUGGUACCACAGUCACCCACACUGCCAGCCUGACCCGUCUCUCAAAGACAUCGACUGUCAGAUGUCGUACCAGCUCAAGAUGAAGGGAUCUGGCACCACAUACCACCCGUGUUUAGGAUUCAUCGUUUCUGCGUUUGACAUUCGACCCAGCAAGAAUGAUGCAGUGUUCCAAGCUUUCUGGGCCAUGCCACCACCUGAGCAAUAUCCCGAUGGGUAUGGGAUUCCCAUGAAGAUGAAGUACUCGGUCUACCAGAAUACAUCACUGUCUGAAGAACUACUGGCAGAAAUAAAAAAGAUGACAGAUUUUUACAGAGAUGCACCAGACAGGGUUAUUUUCCUUGAGAAAUGGAUCAACAAUAAACCAUUCAUAGAGAAAUUAAAGUCUUCUUUGUCGACUAAACUUCCCAGUGAUCAGAUAGAGCGUGGAACAUUCCUGGAUUACGUGCAAGAACUCUUGCUGCCAAAGAAAGGAACCAUCUGAUAUUCAUGGAAGCAGACGUGUUUAUGAAACCAGUCAAUUUAAGGAACCAAUUAUUUUAUUUUAACCUUCUGACUACUACAGGCUAGAUAUCUCACCCAAUGUCAUGCCAGUCGACAUACUGUACACUGUAUACAGUGCAUUCCCCAAUUCAUAAUUCCUGCCAUUUUGCACACGGCACUCACCGGAAACAAGAUGGUGUCUUUUGUUUAUGUUUUUUCAAUUGAAAAUACUGUGGAAUUUUUAGUUCAAAACGUGGUUUUCGGCAAGUAUUUUCGCUUCACAACAAUGGCGGCACGUCACAGUCAUUUUCAGGUA